AUGCCACGAGAGCCCAUGGGCGCUGGCCGCUUCAUGAUGGAGGCUCACCCCGAUGCUUUGAGCGAUGUGUCAAUGGAAACUUCCAAGGCUUUGGCAAGAUGGGCCAUAGCGAAGGCCAUUGGACGAAGCUUGCAGCUCGACCCGCAGGAGUCGUGUCCGACGUGUCCGAGCGGUCCUAGUGUCAAUGAUUCGCUCGCUUCAACCGCUCUGACCACAGAGGUUGCUGGGACAUCUGCAUCUUCCUCCACACGUCAGGAUCAACCCUCGAUCCAUCGUGAGGAAAGCGAUCCAGAGCGACAGGUGAAAGGGCCAAACGACCGCAGACCUUCGCGAGUCUUCGAACCAGUACUUCGACCCAGGCAGAUGUCACACCAGCAAAAGCAGGGAGGGAAUCAGCCAUGCACUGGCCUAGAAAGAUCGAUAAUUAGGCUUGAUGCAUCUUAA